ACACGGCUCUCGACUGGGCCGCCUUCUUAGGGAACGUCUUCAUGGUCCAAGAUUUACUGAAGGCAGGAGCCGCGCCCAAUGUCACUGAUCUGGCGGGAAAUUCUGCUCUGGCCUGGGCUGCCUUCAACGGAAACCAUGUUAUUAUUGAGGACCUGUUGAACACCGGUGCGAGAAUCAACAUCACAAAUAACCAUGGGAACACACCACUGGUUCUAGCCUCGAAAAUGAAGCACCUUGACAUCGUGAAACUCCUGCUGGAGCGCGGGGCGGCGGUGACCCAGCAGGAUAAUCUUGGCAAAAACUGCAACACUGUCGGAAACCUGUUGGCACGUGCGUCUCGUCAGCUGAUUGCACACGUCUGGACACGUUGCUGCCAGCUGAGAGUGUAAACAACAACACGACCAAAACAGCGAAUCUGCUUGUGAAUUUCGCUUGCGGCAGUGUUGACGGUGCGAUCCAGGUGUGCUGUCCACGUGAGUGAAAUCCUCCAUGGAAUCCUACUGAUAUUUCUCUUUGAUAAGAUAAGAUAACAGAUAUAUUUCAGUGGAUUUUGAGAUAUACAAGAAUCUGGUAUUGAUGAUGUUAUUGAUGUCUGU